AUGUCUUCUAUUCUGAAUCAGGUCCCGCAAAUUCCUGUUGACCACACUGCAACUCAUGAGGACUUUGAGCUUUUUCGACGCUUGUUAAGAGUCGCACGUCUACUAAAUCCACAGCAGGCCCACGACAUUGCAAAUCGCGACGUGGUUCCGCCUCCAAGAACCCAUCGCAAUGGAGCAGAGGGUGGGACUAUUGGCAAAGGUGUCCUAGACAAUCUACGACACGGCGAUACAGGAGUCGAUGGCUAUGACAUCGACCCUGAUGAUGACGAAGACAGCGAAUAUGAGGAAGAAAAUGAGAAAGGUGAACAAACGGACCGACUGCACCCCCCACCAGCACCCAGUCCGCUUGCGGGACCAAACACGAAACCCAUUCGGACCUCACCACGCAGACAUGCCGAUCACCAACCAAGCAAUAACAUCAAGACCGCAGCCCAGCCACAGCAACAGCAGCCUCAACAGCCGGCACAACGUCCCCACUCAUCGGUGGAGAAGCGAUACCGGUCUGUCGUGAAUAGAAAGAUCGAGGAACUGAGCGCUUUAAUCCCCGCCUCCAAUAGGGGCGGCAACCCAUCCGAUUCGAAGACGACACCGAGUCUAGACCAAGCAGUAGAGGUAAUUGACAAGGUGCCUACCAAGUCGAUAGUCUUGGAUAGGGCGAUGCGGCAUCUGGAACAACUCGUGUCCGAGUAUAAUCAGAGCACGUGCGAACGUGAUGAGCUGAGGGGGAAGCUGCAGGCUUGGCUUGACAAUGUUCCGGUGCAAGAUACAUCAGAGACUGUUGGUGUAUAG